AUGCCCGACAGGGCAGGAACUCUGCCUUCAAACAAUACCAUGGUUGAUUUUUUACUGAUUUAUCUCCUUCCUACUAUAGCACGCACCACUUUCAAGAUGGGAUUCGUCAUCUUCUGCAGCAAGCCUAACCUUACCACCCUCACCGUCACCCUGGACAACAAACUAAUUCUACGACAAGCUUUCAAAGGUAAACAGGUGAACGAAAAAUUGAGGAAAUAUUGUGCGAAGUAUGGUGCAGAAAGCCAUAUGCCUGUUCUGAUGAGAAGUGUCUUUGGAAACGACUGCAUCGAAGAAGUUACUCACGAGCUUGAUCGCGACCUAUACGAUCGCCUGGGUCUGGAGGAAAAUGUGAGCCUGCGCUACCAGUAUACAAUGCUGAACAAAAAAAACGAGCAGCCGAAGAUUGGGCCGAGCUCGAACCUCAGCCAUCCGCUGCAGAACUGUCUAACAAGGAUCUCGUUUCAAGCGUACUAUAAGACAUCGAGGGAGGAUCUGUCUUCAAGGCUCGCGGCUUAUGAGAAAUCUCGCAGGGAGAACGAGGAAGAAUUCUCCAUGUGGGACACCCGAAUCAAGGCACUGCUCAGGAAAGAUGGUCCAAAGAUCACGAAUAUCAUUGCUUUGGAACUUGGCAGCCACCAUAUAGUCAACCCGGAUGUCGAAAGCAAGGAGAUGGACCCCGGCACUGGUAUGAAGUUGGCGCUCCUCAUGCAUAUGAGAAGGAUCCUUUCUCGUAAGUCUCCAUCCCGUCCGCGUCAGAAUACGUAUAUGCUUACCACCGUCUCAGCGCAAGAAGGAAAACUUUUGCCGUGUUUCAUCCAGGACCCUACGUACUCUAGAUUCGACAAGGAGUUCUUGAAAGGAAACGCAUUCAACGUCGUCGACGACCCCGACGCUUUCUCGAUGAUCAAUGCCAACAGCCUGGUAAUGAACAUGGACAACGAAGUCUCCCGCUUGUGGUGGAUCUGCGAGGGUACGUGGCCCGCCGUCCUGAUCACCGAGAACCACUGGGUGGACAAGAAGAGAGAGGCGGAUUUCGUUUCCCAGCCUCCUUACAUGCUCCCCGGCCUGAAUAAGAUGUUCGAGGCCUACGAGCGAGACGAGGAAUUCGACCAGAGCUGGUUCUACUGCGAAAAGGGGAUCCUCAACAUCUACAUCCGCAAGGAUGAAGCCACGCCCGCUCUCACCCAAUAA